UUUUUCCCUCGCUUAGUUCCAGUUCACCGUAACGUCUGUGUGUACCAAUGAAAGCUGUCCGCCGGAAGUUGUGCUCACAUAGCCUUGUCACAAAAGAAAUGGCGAGCGGUAUCGGCAAACACAAGAUACUGAAUGUGGGGCCAACAGAGCCCUGGUCAGUCAGGGAGAAACUGUGCCUGGCCUCCUCUGUUAUGAGGAGUGGCGACCAAAACUGGGUGUCUGUAAGUAGAGCCAUCAAACCUUUCUCAGAGCCUGGCCGUCCACCUGACUGGUUCUCACAGAAGCACUGUGCCUCACAAUACUCUGAGCUGCUGGAGGCCACAGAAGCACCUAAGCGUAAGCGUGGUGAGAAGGGUGAGGUGGUCGAAACCAUUGAAGAUGUCAUCGUUCGUAGGCUAACUGCUGAGAGGAUAGAGGAACUGAAAAAACUACUGCGAGACACACAAGAGCAGUACAGGAAGUUGAAGAAGGAGGUGGAUCUGAUACAGACGGGCCACAUGGACUCCCAGCUGAAGGAGCUGUGGGCAGAGAUCACACUAAAGAAGAAGCAGGAUGAGGAGGAAGCAGAACAGAAGAGGAAAGCCACAGAAACAGCGUACCAGGCUCGUCAGGCGGUGAAAAACACACCUAAGCGUCUGCCCAGUGUAACUGUACGUUCUCCUCUGGGUGCCAGCCCCCCCACCAUGGACUCUCAGGCUGACUCUUCAAUCCCCACGCCGCCCAUGGAUACAGGAGGUGUUGCCUCUGAGGACACCACCACCCACUCAGUUGCCCAGGGGGUCGGAGUGUUUCUACCAGUGACGGAUGCUCCAGGCCCAGGGCCCAAAGAUGGAGGCCUGGCUGCUCUAGUAGAUGAUUCACCACAAAAGAGGCUCCUAACCCAGAAGGCCACACCGCCGCCCUCACCACUCCUGUCAGAACUGCUGAAAAAAGGCAACCUAAUCUCGGCCAGCCCCCGCCUGGUUGGGGAGGGAGACUCUACUGGAAGCCUCACCAAUGGAGUACAGACAGUCACCACAGCCACUGCCCUACCACCUGGUCAUGAGGUCAUCACAGAGGGUGAAGCAGAAGCUGUAGUAAAGGCAGAGCUCAGUGAGGAGACGGGAUUAGUAGAAGAGGACCUUGUAGCUGAGCCUUACAUUGGAGACGAAUUGGACCUGGAGACAGUAGGAGACAUCAUUGCCAUCAUAGAGGAGAAGGUCGAUGACUCUGUGGAGGCCUUGGAUGCAGCAGCAGUGGAAGCAGCUCUCUCUCUGUGUGAAGAGGCCGUCGCAGAAGGACACACCCUCCCUGGACCCUGGGAGACCCAGGAGCUGAAGGCUGCAGACCCAGCAUCCACAGUCCAAGACUCCGAUCCCACACAGGAGCCUCAGGAUGUGGCCGCAAUGUCAGCCCUGAUCCCUGCAGGCAUAGAGACCCAGAAUCAACCAGAAACUAAAAGAGAAGAACAGCUCAAGGGAAACUGUGAGGGACCUGAAGUGACAGGAAGUGAUGUCACCUCCUCUGUCACCUCUGACGACGGUGCAACAGGAAGUGAGGUUGCAGAGGAGGGGGCGGCAGGGAAGGAGGCCACUGAAGCAACGGUCAAGAGUGAAGGAGAGGAAUGGAGCCAGCCGGAGCCCAACCCGCCUUGCCUAGACUCGGAGGACAGCUCUGUGUCCGGGAAAGAGUCCAAGGAGGUGAAGGAGGAGGAGGCGGGGAGUGAGGGCGACCCAGAAGAAGGGAUGGAGCUGAAGGAGGAGUGUGGGGAGGGGGAGGGUCCCUAUCUGUCGGAGGUGGAGCGGGCAGCCAGUGAGAGUGAAGACGGUUAUGGCCCACCCUCCCAACGCUACACAGCUGAUUCACUGGCCAGCAGCCCGGCCUCUUCAUCCCAGCUAUCUACAUGUGGUGAGGACCAGGAGGCGGUCCAGGCCCAGAAGAUCUGGAAGAAAGCCAUUAUGCUGGUGUGGAGAGCCGCAGCCAACCACAGGUAUGCCAGUGUCUUCCUGCAGCCUGUGUCAGAUGACAUCGCUCCUGGUUACCACAGCAUCGUACACAGACCCAUGGACCUGUCGGCCAUUAAGAAGAACAUUGAGUCUGGUGUGAUCCGUACAACAGCUGAGUUCCAGCGCGACAUCAUGUUGAUGUUUCAGAAUGCCGUCAUGUACAACUCGUCAGACCACGAUGUGUACCACAUGGCUCUAGAGAUGCAGCGUGACGUCCUGGAGCACGUCCAGCAGUUCCUGGCCACCCAGCUCAUCAUGCAGACCUCGGAGAGUGCCAUCUCUGCCAAGAGCCUCCGCGGCAGGGAGGGAAACCGUAAGCCAGGAGAGCCCGCUGAGAAGGACAGUGUCCCAAUGGCCUCUCCUGCUUUCCUUCUCUCUCUCUUUGACGGAGGCACCAGGGGUCGCCGCAGUGCCAUGGAGGCCGACCUCAAAAUGAAGAAAUAGACUGAGAUUUCAGAGAAUGAGACAUUUUGAGAGACAAAGAGCCACUCUUGGAAUUGGAGAAGGUGGAGCUGAUUACUUACUGGUCACCUUGAUUGUUUUCUGAAGAGGAUUGUGCAGUCUCUGUGUGCGUGUGUUAUUUGUGAAUACACACUUAUUCAUCCGUGCUUUGGCGUAGACGAGGGUAUAUGUGGACGGGUAUGUCUGUCGGUGUGUGUGUGUGUGUGUGUGUGAGAGAGAGCUGCAUCAAGCUUCCUCUUCUCCAGUUCAUAUGAUUGGUUAAUGUGCAGCGCACCACUUUCCCCAAGUAUCAUUUCACCAGCGAAGGUAGUAGUCCAUCAUUUCCCUCUGCUGCGGAGGAACAGCGAGAAGAGAAAGAAAACAUCGUCACCAGCAAAAGUUUGUUUGGGAUCAAAUGAUAGAGGGCAGGAUGAGUUCUGCUUGUCAGAUUUGUUGAAUCACGGAUGCAUUAAUACUGGUACUCCAUGUUUGGCUAACAACAAAUGCAACCAUGAUAUUGAAUCUAUGUCAGUUUGAUCACUGCGAAAAUAGGAUUGUGCGAUCCACAUAAAAGCUAUUAGAAAUCUGAACUAUUGGAUUUUCUGCCUUUUUUUGAUAAAUGUAAGAAAGGAUGGCUGCCUUCAUUAAGAAAAGCAGAUGACGUCACCAAACUGGUGGGUUUUUGUCCGUUUUGCUUAGUAAUGGGUGAGAAAGCCCCUCUGUGUUGUUGUCCAUGAUUUAGCCCAUUAACUGCAAAUUGCAUUUACAUUUCUGCUGACCGUUUUCCAAGGCACAAGUUUUUAGAUAAACUACCUUCAGGCAGCCCUGAGCUUCCAUUAAAUUCAGGGUACUAUAAUAUUCAACCUUAUAACUAGCAGAGAUGUGAAAGUUGCUGCAGAGAAAUAAUCCAUCACUGUAAACAAUUUCUUGCCUUUUCUUAAAGUUACAUCAACAGUGUGCUACCGCCGUUGUGAGCAGGAACCCUUUUCUAAUUUGCCUUUACAAGGUUGCUGUUCAGGAGCAGACUUUUACAUCUCAGAUGUCGGAGUAUCCUUGAAAGCACUGACAAAGUUUUCAAACUGGUUCCUGUUAUUAGGUGUACCACCAUGUAAUGAUAAUAUAACUGACAAAUCAGCAAGUCAAAUUGUUAACUUGAUGAAUUCCCUUAACCUCAAAUAAAUGUCAGCUCUUUUUCAUGUUGUAGUGGAAUGAAUGGAAACCAUUAUAGCUGCCUUUGAGGUAGAGGAGCAGAAAAUCAAUCUAAAAACUGAACAUAUCCUUUGUAAAGUAGUUGGCAGUAAUGUAAAAUACAGGUGUUAGUACGUGGAGUUUGUUUCUGCUGAAAUAGUAUUGAUGCAUCCCUACUCGUCACUUAGGAUGUAGCCAGUGUGCUAUGUAAAUAGCAUAAGAAACAUGUUUGUGUAAUGUGUGUUAGAUGGGAGUACAAAAAACAGUUUUGUACCUGUGAGAUGGAUCAUGUAGAGUUUUGUGUUUGCGUAGCUGAUGCGUGUAUCAUGUGUUCUGUUGUACAUUUGUUAAAUAAAAAGAUUAUUUGAUCUAAACCUAAAA